AUGACCCGCCCCUUUAAGCCACCCCCGCUGGCAAGGGAUACUACUGGCUUUCGAUGCAACUCACUCAGCGCGUAUGCAUGGAAGCAAUGGACUAUGUUUGAGGCCACCUUUGCUAUAUGUGGUCUAGAACCUUGGGAGAAACUUGUUUUCGUAAUCGUCAUGUCUCUACUCACUUUCCUAUUCUUUACCGGCCUGUCUCGGAUAAUACCCAGUCAGUUGAUCUCACUACUACCUCGCAUUGCAUACUAUCUCUGGGGCGACGAGCGUGUACUAAACCACUGGAUGGAUCAUGCGGCAGCCAGUGUGAAGGAGCUAUAG